AUGACAGUGCAGAGGAGCAAGUGCUGCGCGGCUCAUGUGGCCGCUGUGGUCGCCUUGCAACUGAUCGGCAUGGUGGCAAUGCCACUCAGCUUCCCGUCGGUCAACGUGAGUACUUUUCAGGUGGCCAUAAACUUGCACACUGCCGCUUCGGUGGCUUCUUUUGGCAUUAACACAGUAACGGUACUAGUAGAAUUCUUCUGUAACUUCAGCAAGUACAGAAGAAUGCUACGGCUGCUACAGGAAUACAAAGGCCAGCAGACUGAUCUGGGACUGAGUGUUAAAUCGAGCAUAGGCUUUGGCUGGAAGAUAGCACCUUUUGUAAGCACCAUAGUUGUGCUCUUAAUGUUUAUGAAUAUACUGUCCUUUCAGGACAAAAUAUACUCGUUUGUUAUUAUGUCAGCUCAGUUUGUCAAUGCUUGUGUGACCACGAUGAAUAUGUACAAGUUUUAUUUCCUGCUCCUGUUCAUAAGAAGCAAAAUGUGUGAUCUGAAGCGAUGUGUGUCUGAGAUGGAUGUAGCACAUCCAUCAAGAAUCUUCCCCACCAACCUAGCACUGUCGCACUUCGGGACUAAUGACGAGAACGGCCAGCUGGACUCUUGUUGCCAGCAAGUGAGGUGCGCCAGACUGGCGUUCGAGACACUUUGCGAGCUCGCGAAGGAGGUGUGGCGCGCGCACCAGCUGUUCCUGGCGCUGCAGGUGCCGCUGAUGCUGCUGCGCUCGACGGCGUACAUGUACAUCACUGUGGCGUCGCUGGCGGCUGGCUGGGCUCCGUUUCUGGACGCGCACCACCUGCAGCUGUGGCUGGCCUUGCUGCACGAGCUGGCAACGCUGCUCACGGUUCUGGUGCCGGCGCACGUGGCCGCCCGCGAGGCGCUCGGCACAGCCGACGUGGCAUCACGGCUGCUGCUGCAGGCGCCACCUGGCGGCUGCCUCGAGCGCGAGCUUCUGCUCUUCCUGCGACAGGUCGAGCGCCGCGCUCCCAAGUUCAGCGUCUACGGCAUCGUGCAGCUCGACCUAAAGUUCCUCGCCGCCUUCGUCUCAGUUCUCACCACAUACACCGUCAUCCUCCAUUCAGUCAAGUGA